GCUGCAUGAUGGCGGUGUCCAUGGUGGCUCUGGCACAUUGACUUGGCCUGGAGGUGUAAGGUUUACUCUCUGCCUAACGUAAAAGCCAGGACGUUUCUCUCUAUAUGACAUUACCCGAAGACCUCGCCAGUGGACAUUUAAUGAGCUGAAUGCAGAUCAUGGCGCUUCACAGACUGUCCUUCAGACUACGGCAAACGGUAACACAUGUAAGGACCCUCCAUACCAGUGGGUGUGGGCAGCAGCAGGAGGCUGUGGCUGUAGAGUCAGAAUCUGAGCCAUUCUCAGUUUUCAGAACGCAGGAGAAUGAUCCGGCAUGUCAGUCUGAGAAACAUAUAGGACAGUAUUACACUCUGCCCUCUGCACACAUCCACACGCUGUUCCCUCGUGGCCUCCCCUGGCGUUAUCAACAGCAGGUGAAGGCGUUCAAUGAAGCCUGUAUAAUGGUGAGGCAGCCAGCUCUGGAGGUCAUCUCGUACCUGAAGAAAACAGAUUACAGCAAACCUGCACAGCGAUAUUUAUUCUACGGGUUGCAGGGCAGUGGGAAGACGAUGUCUCUCUGUCACACACUCCACUUCUGCUACACACAGGGAUGGCUGGUGCUGCAUAUUCCUGACGCUCACAUCUGGGUGAAGAACUGUAAAGAGCUGCUGCCCUCAUCCUAUAACACCUCUCGCUUUGACCAGCCAUUACAAGCUGCUGAAUGGUUACGAAGCUUCAGGACCACCAAUGAGAAAUUCCUUUCAACGAUAAAGACAAAGCAUCGUUAUGUGUGGACAAAGAGAGAGUUCACUGAGGAGGGAAGUCUACUAGGACAGUUGGUGGAUCAGGGUAUAUCUCGUGUGAAGAGCAGCAGUGAUGUGGUGGGGGCGGUGAUGAAGGAACUGAGGCUGCAAAGCGGGCAGCCGGAGUCAAACUUCCGCCUGGCCGUGGCUGUGGAUGGUGUCAAUGCCCUGUGGGGAAGAUCUACCAUCAAGAAGGAGGAUAAGAGCGCUGUGGAUCCACAUGAGCUCACUUUGGUUUAUAACCUGAGGAAGAUGAUGAAGAACGACUGGACUGGAGGCGCCAUCAUCGCCACUGUGUCUCAGACGGGGUCUCUCUACAUUUCAAAAUCUGCCUACUUGCCUCAAGAGCUGCUAGGAGAGAGGGGUUUUGACACCAUGGACCCGUUUGUCCCAAUGUCUGUGUCCAACUACAGCGAGAAGGAGUUUGAGAGCUGUUACCUUUAUUAUAUGGACCGCCAGUGGCUGCAGCAUCCACAGAGCCGAACAGAAGAGGGGAAGAAAGAACUAAUUUUCUUGAGCAACAGAAAUCCAACGAUGUUGGAAAGAAUUUGUGCCUUCCUGUGAAGUCACAGACAGACUCAAACCACACACAUACAAACACAAACAUCACACAAACAAUAUCAGUGUCCUGGAAAUACAUAAACAUACAAAUGUCCAUGUCUAUAAUGUGUAAAUUAUGAUGCAUGUGUGUUACUUUGAUAAUAAAAUGUUG